CGGGGUAUUUUCCGAUCCUCACUUCGCUACCGAAGUUUAAUUUAUGGCGGACUUCAAUGUAGAGGGUGUGUAUCAGCCAAUCCAUCCAAUAAUAUGCCAACAUGUACUUGUCUCGAACCUCGGGACGAAAUUCGUUUACAGCUCUUACACGAGAAAAGGCCAUCGGGGAGUAAUAUUGCAACAUCCUGGUCAAUAACACCGAAACAUGCCUCUUCCCGAUCUCAACAAUUUCGCUGCCGACGAUGCAACGAAAUAUUUAACACUCGGCGAGCUUUGUACAAGCAUUGUCUGCGCCUGCACAAAACAAAUGUUCAACAACCAGCAUCGGAAAAGACAAAAUCCUGUCCACAACAAGUUCGCUGUCGUCGAUGCAAUCAACAGUUUCGCAGUCGACGAGAGUUAUACUUACACAAUAUGCGACACCAUUUCCAGCAGGUAGGGGGAGCUUUACAACGCCCACCUUGGGAUGACAAUAAUGCUCCCUGGAUUAGAGAUGCCGACCACGACGGGCUGCGUCAGGUCUACGAGGCAAACGCACCCUUGAUUUUGGAACCGCAUCAACGGGGACCUAUUUGUCCGUUUACAACUUCCCUUUAGACAAUGACGUCAGUGUAGACCAACUGAUGCGCUACGCCGACGAUAUAUACCGUCAGGAACAACACUCUUUUCGUUUAAAUCUGGUAUUUGGGAGUAUUCUCCAGAACAGAGAGACUGGGGAGUAUCGUUAUUUCGUGCCCUACAACAACAACGGCAUUUUCGAGCGUCCAUUAUACGUCUCUAGACGAGGUGACCUAGAUCGCCUACGCCAGCGUCUAUGCCAGAGAGACAUUUUAAUGGACCUCUUACGCCAUCGUCCAGAUACGAAAUGGAUUCCAGUUCUGGUGACCAACGUACAUUUUACCGCAAGUUGCAAUACCCAAUACCAGUUUUAAGUCUGGUUUGUCAAAUUGUUAUUAAUCUUUGGCUGGACCUUUCAGAGAAAAUGAGAGCUUAUACUGUCACUGUUGGCGUCGGCGUUUGCGUUGGUUAAAUUUUUUUUUUAAGUCAGAUAACUUUAUACUAUCGAAGCUUUUUAAUGAAACUUGAAAUAGUUAUUCACUAUCAAAGUCUACAUCAGGAGAAACAAUCCCCAUAACUCUGAUUAGACUAAUAAUUAUCACAACUAUUAUUAUGUGUUUCAUUGAGUAAUGCCUCAUUUACUGGCAAAGCUUUAAAUCUGAGUCAAGCUCUGGAAAAGUCGAGUGUGCUGUCUUAUGGACAGCUCUUGUUAGCAUCUUGUAGGCAGUUUGUCAUUCUUGUUAAUUAUCCUGUCUACGUCUACAUGUGCACUUAAUAAAAUAAUGAAGGUUUGGUACUUAUUCAAUCCCAAAAAUGGUUUUUGUACACUUUUCUACCAUUCAGAUUUAAAUGCAGUUUUUCAUUAAAAAAUGUUAAUGUAAAGAAGAAAAACAGAACAAGCAGCAGUAUUCAGUAUUUUAAAGAUAUAUUAGAAUUGUAAUGAACAAAAACUUGCAUCAGUCAAACUCUUGAAAAUAUUAAAAUGCCGUCCAAAAGACUAAAGAUGGGAUGCAAAACCUGAUGAAGUUAUUCACACUUUGACUAAAAAGUCAUAUUUUGACUUAAAAGUAAAUUUACCUGAUGUUUUGUUGUCUUUUCAUGAUGUACAGCAAACUACAUCAUAAGAUUUUUAUUGGGUAUCAGCCAUGGAUAAUUGAUGUUAAGAUUGUUAUUUUUAGCAUGGACUUAGUUGAGGUAUUGGGAAAGAAUGGAAAACGGGUACCUGUGCUGCUAACAAGAACAAUGGUUGCUGCAUUUGAUGCUAUUGUAACUUACAGAAUGGAUGCAGGAGUGGCCAGCUGCAAUCCAUAUGUAUUUGCAGAGGGAGAUUUCAACCACAUGAGAGGUAGUGCCUGUAUAAGGAAGACAGUUUAUGCUGCACAGCUUCAGCAUCCAGAAAGAGUAACAUCCACUAAACUUAGAAAGUAUUUAGCUACUGUUUCCCAGCUUCUUCCACCAGACGACUUGUACCUGGUGAUGAUGUCACAACCCGGAAGUACAAUACCCAAGGUUCACUUGUCUUCACUCGCCUGGAUGUGAUUUUCCAAGCGCAGAGCUUUCGUCCCAUGGUUGUGCCGUAAACCGCAAAGACGAUAAUUUUUAUAAUUCACUGAAGUCACCUCAGAGAUCCAAUCACCUACCAUCAUUAUAUAUAAGGGAGCCAAAAUGGAGUCAACGUAUUCACGGUUCAAAGGGACUUUACUUGAAGAUAUGUUGUAUUUUUGUGCUACUUAAAGUUAAAACUUAACGGAAACAUCUGUGUCAUAAAACAGUCAGUGUUACAACUUUAUAGGUGAUAAAAGAGUUACUGAGCUCAGGUUUUUUCUUUCUUUCUGAUAACAAGAUUAUUCUUUGUAAAUAAUCAUUUGCUAUAAAAUAAUUUUGUAAAUAUUGUAA